GUAGUCAGACAUACAGCGACAGCUUCGCCUGCGGUGCUGCCAGCAACAACCAGCCGCCUGAAUGUAGAUCCGCAUGGGCUGUUUCUCUCUCUCCCUCUCUCCAAGUAACCCAGCGCAAUCAUAAGGCACGGAUCCCAGGAUGGUGUUAGUGCAUGUGGGAUAUCUGGUUCUUCCUGUGUUCGGCUCAGUAAGAAACAGAGUAUGGAGGCUGGCUCUACAUUCUGCAUUUAUCAGAUCUUUGUCGUCCCCCAUUGUGUAGCUAAUGAUCAUCUGCUGCUGUGUGGUGUGGCGUGGCCUCUGCCUGUUCUCUGCAUUUAGCUGUAUUGUGAAUCCCUUCUUCAUUUCCUCUUUCCAUCAGAAGACGACAUUGGUAUUAAAGAGCACCCCCUCCCAAGAUGUAUUCAGUCAUAGAUUUUUUUUUUUUCUUUGUAAAGCAGACUAAACCAUAGCUAACACUUAUAAAAGAGCACUUUUUUUUUUUUUUUACUUUUUCUGUCAAAUUGCUGUAGCACCGAGUAAACAUUUUAGCGCCUUUUUUUUUUUUUUUUAGAAGUCACUUGAUUGUCAUUGUGUACCUCCCAUCCAGUCUUGAUAGACAACAUGCUGUAAAUUCCUGUAAAGUGGAUACAUUUUGCAUGAUCUCAAAUACUGUACUGCAUUUGUUGAACACCAGAAUUUGGCUCACCUUCCUUCUCUUCACACAAGGUGCAAUGUACUUGAUUAACAAAUAGUCAUUAAAUACAGCAUACCAUUUGGGACCAUAUGCAUGCCAAUUUUUUAUUCUUAUUGUUAAGCUUGAACUCAAGCUUGUCAGCAUAUGCUGUGGUGUAAUUGCUUGAAGCAACUGAACGUACACUGCACCUGCACACAACAACCUGCCAUAACUGUCUCCAUUUUUUUUGUGUGUGUGUAAUCCUUUUGUUCCCUUUGCAAAUUUCAAGCUUUGAAACACACUGAAUUGUCGGGGCUGUUUGGCCUUUAAAGGCAAAUGAAAUGGUAAACACGUAAAACACGCUGACUGGUGAUUCAUCACUUCCCAGUUUCCCCACUAACAGAAGGCCAAAAUGCUAUCCAUUUCACAGGGAUGCCUAUUUUCCUGCACUGCUAAAGAGAUCCUCUAUUAGUAAUAACAUUAUUGUUUGGUUGUGGUCUCUCUUUGCCUUUUGUUCUGGUAAUAGUACUUUCAAUGCAUGGUCACAUUUGAGUCAUUUUUUUUGUUUUUUGUUUUUUUACAUUGACUAGUGAAAAUCCAAUGUAAUCUUUCUGUAGUAAAGAUGUACCCUGCUGUACUGAAAUCAUGUGCUGUAGCAAAACACGUCUGCUCAUUGGAUGCUGCUUUUGUUCUUUUUAACCCUAUAUGGAGCAUGGUGGGCCUUGCCUUCAGUCUAUGUUGUUUAUUUUUGUUGCAUGUAUUUAUAGUAUUAUUACAAACAAGCAAAAAAGAAAACACAAAUUCCACAUAUACUAAUAUUUUUUCAAUAAAGAAUAUAGUGUUUUUCCUAACCUUCAGUGUGCUUCUUGCUGAUUUCCAUUUAUUGUCCUCCCUCUCCCUCGUCCCCUACCUGAACCUGCGCCCCCCCCCGCCUCCUCUCCCGUUCUGACAAAGAUAGACGAUUUCCACGCUUCUUCCAUCACAGGGCCUGAAUGAGUCUAUCUGCUGUCAUUCAUUUUGAUUUUUUUCACAGAGACGCUUGAAAACUCAAUGUGCUACUUGCAGUCUGUAGACGUGAGCCUUUGACCCAUGGCGGCACAGUCACCGCUUGUCUGCGCAGCGGCACUGACAGUUUGUGGAAGUGAAAAACACUUUUGGAAAGUCCCUUAAACAGAACAAAGUGUAUGUUUGUGGGUCUUAAGACUGUACUGCAUUUUUCAAGCGUACUCUUAGUUAAUGCAAUGUAGACUUUGCCUAAUUCUUCAUGAUUUUCAAGUAUUCUCACUGCUGACUUCAGAAUUCAGCCUGCCUUUACAAAGCCAAAGGAGAUUAAACACAAAGUGUGCUAUAUUUCAAAUUGGACUGCACAAGUUCAGUUUCUAACCUGGCAAGCUUCUGUAAUCACUGCUUUUGUUUCUGCCUGAUAGAAAUAAAGGAGAAAUUUUGCUUUCUUGUGAACCUAAUAUGGCUUAGUUUGGCCAGUUUCCAUAAAAUCAGCAGAAAUUGAUUUUAUUUCCAGAGUCCUUGCUCCGUCAAACAAGUCUUUCCAAGUGUAAGCACAGUAUUAAAGCCACAUUGCCACACAGAACAAGUAAGCCUUUUUGUUGCUGGUGUGGCUCAGCAGCACUGUACACUGCUGUUACCAAAUAGCUGUGGUCAGGGAGAGUUUUAAAAGCAUGGAGAUAUGAAAUACAUUCAAGCGAUUUCCUCUUUAACUCCUCGCUAUAUAGAGGAGGGUCAAAUAAAACCACAUAUGUGUAAGCAACAAAUACACUAAUAUCAUUCUAAAUGUCAUUAAAGCAUUCUGAAAGGUCUCAGACUAUACAAUUAAUUGUUUUUAUUAUAGUUUUUUUUUUUCCUUGAGUGUAGUGGCCUGUCAGCUGCAGAAUUUACAAGAACCAAGCUUUAUUUGAGGUCACUGGCAGUUACUGAUUUCAUCUGAACCAGUUCUGUCUGACUCAGAAGACCAGAAGUCAAACCAGAGUCAGAAUUGAAAUUAAAUUAACAUGCUCUGGAACAAAAAUGCUAUUUUCAUGGUGCCUGUGGUAACCAUCAUUUUUCCACCCCACAGAAGUAUUUUUCACCAUAGGAUCCCAUUUCAACCGGCAACAGCAGCAGCACAGCCAUGCUACCUCUUGCCGGCACUUCCAGUUAGGCCCUCAGGCCUCCCUGCCUAUGGACUUUCCCAUGACCCAUCCAGGACAACCACAGUCAGGCAUUAGCCCCCACUUGGCCCCUCCUGGCCACCAGCAUGGCCACCCGCUCCACCCACCUCUCAACCCCCUGCCUACCCCCCAAUUCCAGGACAUCCCUGCCCCUCCCUUCUUACCUCAGGCAUUACACCAGCAAUACCUCCUCCAGCAGCAGAUCCUAGAGGUCCAGCACCGGCACAUCCUGCCGCCCUCCAGUGGUUUCCAUUUAAUUUACUUCUCCACCAGUAGACGCACUCCAGAGAGAGUUCCUCACCAGCCCCACAGAUUGCGGCCCGGGUACGAGUUUGCUCCCCCUCUGCACGUCCCUCCUCAGCCUGUGGUGCAGCCGCCCCGGUACCUGGCUGAGGGCACAGACUGGGAUCUGAGUAUAGAUGCUGGCCUGCCACCCCACCAGUACCACAUCCACCCACUGCCGCAGCACUAUCAGCACUACCUGACCUCUCCUAGGAUGCACCACUUCCCCAGAAACAAUGCCUCGACUCAAGUGGUUGUUCAUGAGAUCAGAAAUUACCCAUAUCCCCAGCUGCACUUGCUGGCUCUGCAGAGUCUCAACCCCUCCCGCCAUGCGACGGCUGUUCGAGAGAGCUACGAGGAGCUUCUGCAGUUGGAGGACAGGUUGGGCAGUGUAAACCGAGGUGCCGUCCAGACCACCAUAGAGAGAUUCACUUUCCCCCACAAGUACAAAAAGAGAAUACCGCAUGACCUGAAAAUGUGUUUGGAUGAUGAGGAGUUGGACACAGAUGAGAAGUGCACCAUCUGUCUUUCAAUGCUGGAGGAUGGAGAGGACGUCAGGCGAUUACCCUGCAUGCACCUCUUCCAUCAGGCCUGUGUGGAUCAGUGGUUGGCUACUAGCAGGAAAUGCCCUAUAUGCAGAGUGGACAUUGAGACUCAAUUGACCCCCGACAGUUGAUAACUCCUGUCCACUCGUGCCGCUUUGGAUCUGGUCUUGUAUCUCUGUAAUGCCUCCCUUGGGGAAGCUCUGCCAAACACCUUCUUCCCGUCUGCAUCACUCACUGAGCCUGCCUUCUGAAUCAGCUAAAGGAGACAACGUGACAGAGGGGCAAACAAAGCACACUCACUUACAACGCAACGAGGAAUGAGGUUGACGCAUAGUUAGGUGGCUGGAAUGAAGGUUGGUUGAGUGGACUGGAUGUAACCGGUAGAAAAUGUGUGGACAGAUGUGCUGAGGUGCCACAUGACUGUCAGAUUAUAUGCCCUGUCUACAUUUCUCCAUAUAAACACCUGAAACGGAUAUUCAACUUGUUUUGUGUAUUAACGCUGUUUUCUGCUGAAAAGAAGAAAAAAAUAAAAUAAAAUCAAAGGCCUAUGAAAAACCUUUUAAGCUGUCCUCUGCCCAGCCCUCAGCACAUCUGUACAGAAUAUUAUCAAACAAUUAGCAUGAGGUUGUUUGGUGUGAUCUCUUGUAGCUGAACGCUUGUGGUGUAAUGGAGUAUAGUACUGACUAAGUAUUUACAGAGUAACAGUGUUGUGUAGCAAGCAAAAGCCUUCACUUCGAGAACUUUAUAAUCUUUGUGAGAUAUACGCCUCCGGAAGAGAGUGGAUGCGACACAAAUGUGAGAACAUUCGGUGUGUUAAAGCUUCAUAGGUAACAAGGAAGAAGCUAGCUGUGUAAAAAGGCCAAAAUCCCUCUUUGUUGUCUAACAUGGUUUUGGAUUUCCAGUUAGUAGAUGCCAUCACAGUUGAUGCUAAAAAUGCUAACUGCAGGCAUGGCUUCCAGUGAUGUAUGUAGUGUCGUAGUCGGGCCUCUAUAAUCUAGAGCAGAGGCCCGAGAUGUGCAUGCUGUAUGGCAGGCUUGGGCUGUGUCGUUAUUGUGGAGCAGUAGAAACAGGAAUUGUGUCUGUGCAUGUGAACAGUAUACUAUGACUCUGACGAUCUCACUCAUUCAUAGAGAAGGACAAGAAUGCAACUAAUAGUCCCUGAAAUGCCCCCCCCCCCCUUCCCCUGCCAUCCUGAGCAGACCAAAGUUGCCCUUAGACACUGAACUUAAACCAAUGUAGCAUUGGAUUCAAAGAGCUGCUCAUAGAUCUGUGUCUAACCGCAACUCCUCUCUUGCCUCGAUCGGGGCCUUAAUCUGAGAAGCUGCUGCAGGCUUCAGAUUGCAGAGAGUCUUGCCAUUAGUCAGCGCCACCUGACAUCUGUGUUACCAAACCCUUAUUGCCUAUUGAACAAGCACAUGUGAUUUCUAUGUCGAGCAAAUUGCCUCCGUCGCUAAUCUUUCAUUUCAGUCUGAGUUGCUCACAAUCUUUGAUAAAAGACUGUGUCUAGUGUUACAGGGAAAAUACAAACUAGUUUACCUGUGAUAUGUGCUAGAAUGUGUACGAUUGUCUCUCUCCCCCCCCUCAUGGUAGUAGUGUAUGGUAUUGCUCGAAUUGUGAUAUGUUCAGUGAUAGAAGCUGUUUUCUCUUUAUCAUGCAUGAACCAUGUUGGUGUAAUUCACUUGAAGAAGGGUGAAAGGGAGGAAAAAGCCAUCCAUUUGAAUAAUACCAAACAGUUGUUCUUAACAUUUAGUUGUAAUUUUAUUUUCAUUGUCUCUUUCUACCAUUUGUUAUUUUGAUUACUUGUACUUUUCUUUUUGCUUACAUGCCAAUGUGGACAUGGUACUAAUAUGCUGGACCUUGUCCAUUUUAACCAUAUUGAAGAAAAAGCUACAAUGCUGCAAAAACAUAUUUAUUGUCGUUAUAAUGUAGCUUGUGUUUCGUAAAUGCACUAUAAUAUGGAGUUGCCUGAUUUUGUUCCAGUGGUAUGGGUUCUUCUUGUCUGGGUUUUGUGUUUCUCUUCAGUUACAUGUACUUUCAUGCCUCUUUGUGUACUCUUGGAGAGUAACUUGACUGUUUGUGCUGCGUUUUUUUUUCUUUCUUUCUUUCCCCAUUUGUAUGAAACCUCCAUUCAAAACACUACAGAUGGAUGAAAAUGGAGGUUUGCUAGUUCACAUAGAAUGCUGUGAUUAAAGAUGCCUUAAGUAUUUAACAAUCAUUAUUUAUUACUAACUGUAGCUAGCUAGCUAUCGUGGUGGAAUAUUUGUCUCUAUCUCAUAAUUUUGCAAUUUAAUCAAUAUAUUUAUUUAAAAUAACACAAAAUAUUAAAAAAGAAUACCUCAUUAUGCAUUGGUCGGUGGGGAUGCUUCUGCAUGCCGUCUGUGUUUUCUUUUUCAAAGGAGGGAAAAAAAAAUAGUUGAAAUAAUGUCUUGGGCUGUUCCUAACACAUUUUCUAGCCAGCAUGGUGCUGUUGAUCUGGUUACAUUCCGUUCAUGUCAUCCUUUAAUUUUCUUUCAACAUUUGGUUGUUUUGCUAAAUACGCUACCUGCUUCGUACACUUGGGCCCAUAAAUGUUUGGACAGUGGCAGAGUUUUUGUGAUUUUGUCUCUGUACACCACCACAGUGGAGUUGAAAUGAAACAAUAUGUCCUUGUAAUGUAUGUAGACUGUCAGAUUUAAUUCAAGGGGUUUAAUAAUAAUGUCACAUUAACCUUUGAGGAACUACAGACAUUUUUGCACACAGUUCUUCUGUUUUUGGAGACUAUAAUUAAUUGGACAAAGUAGACAUGGGAAUUAUCUAAAAGACAUCCAGGUUAUGUGAAUUGGAAACUCUAAAAAUUGUCCAGGUCUCCCUUAUAAAAGAGAUCUUGGUCUCAGUGGGACUAACCUGGUUAAAUAAAGGUUAAAUAAAAAAAAUGUUUUUAUAUAUAUAUAUAUAUAUAUAUAUAUAUAUGCAAACACGAUGGUACUGUUUUUGCAAAUCCAGUAAGUAGAAUUGGCAGUUUUUAAAAACUGAGUGACUGCACAAGAAGGGCAUGAUUGAUGGAUGUCAUGAAGACGUCAAUGACAACUCUGAAGAAGUUAUUGUAUUGUAUUGUAAACUUGUCUACCAUCAGUUACUGAGUUCCAUGGUGGAGUGGAACAGAGAAGGAUUUUCUUUAAAAAAAAAACAAAAAACAGAUCCUUCUCUGUGACACACCACCAUGAAGCUCAUUAACUGGUGAUGCACGAUGCAGGGUUCCUCCAAUCCACAGAAACCUACAACUGUGUCAGAGUUGUAUUGGGGUCUUGGUGGGUUCCCUCACUAGUCUUCUUGCAAGCGCGCUCAGUUUUUCAGCACUGCCUACUUCAAAUGGAUGAACCAUACAGUGUCAUACUGUUUGUGUUUCUCAAUGAUUUAUGUAAAUAAAGUCAAUAACACAUUCAGUGACUUGGAAAAGUUCAUAUGUCCAUCCUACAUUUAGUUUGUCCAGUUAUUUGCGACCUCUGAAAAAAGGUACUGUGCAAAUGGCUGUAAUUUCUAAAUUAUUACUAUGAUACUUUUGUUAAACCCUUUGGAUUAAGCCUGAAAGAUUCCAUUACAAGCACAAAAUUUUGACUGUUUUGUUUAAACUGUGUUGCGGUGGUGUCCCACAGCAGCCACCUGUCAGAAACAGUAUGCGUGAAGACUGGGCCUGUUCAGUCAUCUCCAGGUCCACCGUCCCUGUCUGGGAAUCGACUAAGGACAGUCUUCCUCACCACAGAGGAAUUGCCACAACAACAAUAAUUGUGGUGGUGUACAAAACUCCAAAUGCAAAAAUUUUGUUCCUGUAAAAUACUUAUGGACCUGACUGUACAAACUUUGUCUUUUUAUGACUCCAUAAAUAGCCUACGUUUGGAAAAUGAUAUUAUGUUGUCCCCAUAAUCAUCUAUAUUUAUUUGAAACUCACUCUUGUCUUUUAAUUUGACCACAUUCAUGCGAUUCCAUCAUAUCUGGAUUUGGAUUUAGUGCUUAUUUUAGGACCCAUAUAAUAUGUUGUCUUCUUAUCUAUUGCUGGCUAUUGCUUUGUGUGAAGUUUGGAAAGUAUCUAACAUGCUAACUUGAGCCAUUGAUCUUAUUGAGCAAAUUUCUGGUGUACUGUGGUUAUACAAUAUAGAUAGCGUGUUUCACACCUGAGUAUAAUAAGCUAACUACAUUUUUGAUGUGCAUUUCUUAUGAAUAUUCUACUAAUCCUUCAAAUUACUCAAAUUUUUAUGGGAUUGGAAUGACUCUAGCUGGUCUUACUAUCAUUUCAUUUCGUGCUCUCACUGGCCUUAGCCCUCGUCCUCCACGGUGUAUCCUGUUACUCCAGAGCAAACUGGACAGUAGCCAUAGUAUUAACUCAAGCUGAUGAACCGGAAUGAACAGUAGAACUUAAAGCACAAGCUUUUUAAUGCAUGUCCUUCUCAGGUUUUCCUAUGUGUAUGUGGGAGUAGCUCUGUAGAUGUGUUUAAUAUGAUGCUGUACCUUCUUGAAUAUUUCAGAUGUUUCUUUGCUGCUGAAAAAAAAGUUGAUUAUUAACCUGCCAGUGAAAAAGGGAAGUGGCCAUCUUUGUACAACACACUGCUGUUUUGCUGUAACCGCGCAAUGUUUUAUGAUCUUGAGUAUUUUAUAGAAAAGUAGAAGUAUGUAUCAAUAAUAUGAAAGCAAUAGCUAAAUCAUAAUGAAGAAUAACAUGAUCAGUGAAUAUUGUGAAAAUCUUUAGAUUCACUCUGGGUGGAUUUUGUACUGUAUUUAUUACUAAUGAUGAUGCAAAAAGUUGCAUAGCUUAACCCAAACUGUUCUGUCUCUUUUUUAAUUUAUUGUCUUGUAUAUGAUCUUUUUGUAUGUGUUUUUCAAAUAAAACGCCUAAAAUGCUGAGAACAAA